AUGGCAUCAAUUGCUUCUUUCAAUUUCUACAAAAGUGCGCUGCUCCUCGCUGCAUUCCUGGGAGUCACUCAGGCACAGCAAGUUGGCACAAACACUGCUGAGGUCCAUCCGUCUUUGACAUGGCAAAAGUGCACUGCCGGAGGCAGCUGCACCGCGCAAUCCGGCAAGGUCGUCGUUGAUGCAAACUGGCGUUGGGUCCACUCCACCAGUGGCACCACCAACUGCUACACCGGUAACACGUGGGAUGCCUCGCUCUGCCCCGACGACAAAACCUGUGCGAGCAAUUGCGCCCUGGAAGGCGCUGACUACCCUGGCACCUACGGUGUUACAGCUAGCGGUAGCUCGUUGCGUCUGAACUUCGUCACCCAAGCAUACCAGAAGAACAUCGGUUCACGUCUGUACCUGAUGCAGGAUGAUAGCAAGUACGAGAUGUUCAAGCUGCUCAACCAAGAGUUCACGUUUGACGUCGACGUCUCGAAGCUUCCAUGUGGCCUGAACGGUGCCCUUUACUUCGUCACUAUGGACGCCGACGGAGGCAUGGCGAAGUACCCCACCAACAAGGCCGGUGCCAAGUACGGUACUGGGUAUUGCGACGCACAAUGCCCUCGUGAUCUGAAAUUCAUCAACGGCCAAGCCAAUGUUGAAGGAUGGGUACCAUCUUCCAAUGAUGUCAAUGCCGGCACUGGUAACCACGGUUCCUGUUGCGCGGAGAUGGAUAUCUGGGAGGCCAAUUCAAUUUCCACAGCGGUGACUCCGCACCCCUGUGAUGAUCCAAACCAGUCCAUGUGCACGGGAGAUUCCUGUGGCGGCACCUACAGUUCUGAGCGCUACGGCGGCACUUGCGAUCCUGAUGGUUGUGAUUUCAACCCGUAUCGCAUGGGUAACCAGUCCUUCUACGGCCCGAGCAAGAUCGUCGAUACCACGUCUCCAUUUACUGUUGUAACUCAAUUCAUUACAAACGACGGUACCUCCACUGGAACUCUUUCUGAAAUCAAGCGCUUCUACGUCCAGAACGGCAAGGUCAUCCCUCAGUCGGUAUCCACCAUCAGCGGCGUGAGCGGUAACUCCAUUACCGAAUCAUUCUGUGAUGCUCAAAAGGCAGCCUUCAAAGACACCGACGUGUUCAGUAAGCACGGUGGCAUGGCAGGUAUGGGUGCUGGUAUGGCUGAAGGCAUGGUUCUCGUGAUGAGUCUCUGGGACGACCACGCUGCCAACAUGCUCUGGCUUGACAGCACCUACCCUACCACUGCCAGCUCCACUACUCCCGGUGCUGCCCGCGGUAGCUGUGAUAUCUCUUCCGGUGAUCCCAUCGAAGUCGAGAACAACCAUCCCGAUGCCUACGUCAUCUACUCGAACAUCAAGGUUGGCCCCAUCGGUUCGACUUUCAACUCUGCUGACUCUGGCUCCGGCUCCGGCUCCGGGACUACUGCCACUACUGCUACCACUACCAAGGCCACUACCACCACAACCGCCGCCGGCGGAUCUACCACUGGCGCCGCUCAAUUUGCGCAGUGCGGUGGAUCCAGCUGGACCGGUCCUACCACUUGCGUCAGCCCAUACACAUGCCAGAAGCAGAAUGAUUUCUACUCCCAGUGCCUGUAA